AUGCUUCUGUGGUUCACCAUUGCAGGCCUCGCGUUCGCGGUAACACUUCUCAUUCGGUGGCGGAAGAAGACGUUCUCUUACUUCAAGGAGCUAGGCAUUCCCGGGCCGGAGCCCAAUCUGCUGUGGGGUAAUCUUUGGGAGUAUCAUUCCUUGGGGCUGCACAAGGCACACGAUAAAUGGUGCAAGGAAUACGGUGACAUAUGCGGGUACUACAAUGGUGACGUCCCAUUUCUCCUCGUCAAGGACUUGGAUUUUCUGGAGUACGCUUACAUCAAGAACUUCAAGAAUUUCACGGCACGUGGAAUAACUAUGCGAACGGACCAAAUGCAUCCGGUUCUUGGCCAGAUGGUGAUUCACCUGCGAGGUGACAAAUGGAGAAGAGUGCGCUGCUGCGUCACGUCCUGCAUCACGAGCAGCAAAUUGAAGAAGAUGGUCCCACACGUCGCCGAGUCAGCCGAGGUGUUCAUGGACAUACUCAAGCCACUCGCCAACACGGACCAAGAGGUCAACCUUCGUCCUAAAUUUCAAGCACUUUCCAUGGACUACAUCGCUCGGGGUGCCUUCGGCAUUGAGAAGUGUUUUCAGCAUGAUGUAGACGACAUCUUUUUCGCCACGGCUCGCCGAGUGCUGCCAGGAGUGAUGACGGGACCUGCCCACAUGAUUGCACAGAGCACGACUACACUGGGAAAAGCUAUGAAGCCAUUCUAUUGGUUCCUCGGUCAUUUCGGCUUGCACACCUUCGAACUAUUUUCGAAGGAGACCACCAAGAUGAUCGAACUGCGCAAGGCUCACCCAGAGCUUAGGAAGCCGGACAUCCUUCAAAGCUUGUUGGACGCGGAGCUAGAGGAAGAAACGCUGAGUGAAGCGGUUACCAAGGGUGGAACGCGACAAACUGCUAACGGCCUGAAGAAGAAGGUCCGAGCCCUUUCGCCGAAAGAAGUUAUCAUGAAUGCUACCUUGCUCUUCAUGGGAGGGUUCGAGACGACGUCGACUGCCUUGUGCUACCUUACUUUCCUGCUCGCCAAACACCAGGACGUCCAAGACAGGCUCAGAGAAGAAGUGAAGAAAGGUGUCACCGAAACAGGCAAACUGAGCUACAAGAUGCUUACGAAGACGCUGAAAUAUCUCGUGCAAGUCGUCGAAGAAGGGCUCAGGCUGCACCCUCCAGCAGUGGUCGCCACCUCGCGGCAAGCGGAGGCAGACUUCGAGUGGAAUGGCGUGAAAUUCAAGGCGGGCACUUGCAUUAUGUACCCAACGUAUCAUAUGCAUAGAAACCCUCGCUACUGGACUAAUCCUGAAGUGUUCGACCCUGAAAGGUUUAGCUCAGAAAAUGCAUCGUCUAUCCACAAGUUAACUUUCCAGCCUUUCGGCGUGGGGCCGCGGCACUGCGUGGGUUUCCAGAUGGCCCGCUUAUGGAUUCGCUAUACGCUCGCCAGGCUUGUGCAAAGGUAUCGCAUCGAACUAGGAGAAUCUCAAAAGGGAGAAAUGAAAAUGCGUGGCUGCGCCAUGAAUACAGUCCCAGCGAACGGACCGUGGCUCAAGAUCUACACAUUGUGA